AGUCAGAGGUGGCGACGACCAGGCACGACUAGCAUAGAGGUAAUGGGCCACAUUUACUACUCGCAGGAGGUGCUAGCCACGGUCUAUUUUCACGGCAUCGUGCACGAUCAUUGGCGAGAGGAGCAGACCGCGAGGAGGAUCUUGUUGGCUCGAGCGGACUCCGCGCGCGGCGAGGUGGAGCGGCUGCACGGGGGUGUUCGGAGAGUGACGACGACCUUCAGGAUUGGAGGACACUUCUCAUAUCCUAGCAGUCGACUACGUGUGACACUUCCGUGCUUCGUGGCAGAGGAGCUUUGGAGACUUAGGCGUCUGGGUGAGAUCUACUUUGCGGCUCUUGACUUGGACGACCUCUACUUUGCCUGUUUUGCGCAGUUUGUAGCGGGGCCGUUUGUAAGCGAGCGAGGGCUCCAGUUGAUUGAGUUCCUGCAGGUCAUUGUACCUACCGGGAGCCCUGAGCUAUACUCUCUGUACCAGCCCCUAGCCUUCUGGAUGGCGCUAGAGAGAGAGGCUCGGAGGCCUACAGAUCAUUUAGCUGGAGUAGGACAGUUGUUAGCCGAGAGUCGUGAGGAGAGGCCGAGCCAUCUCAUCCCGACCGGGGAGGUUGAGGAGUAUUACCGGCAGGUAUAUCCAGAGGCUGACGAUCUUGCGUGGUACGCUGAGGAUCGGGAUUGGGAGGAGUUCGAUGACAAAGACCCUUGGGCCGACCAGGACGAGGGCUGGGAAGAUCUGGCGCGGGCCGAGGGACAGGAGCAGGUAGGUGGAGAGGCGCUGCAGGAGGACGGCUGGGGGCAUCUCCUUCAGGCCGAGGGACAGGAGGAUAUCCCGUGGGGCCAACAGGUAGAUGAGGACACAGAUGAGGAUAUGCCGGAUGCGUGAGAUGAUUAGAGGCAGGGCAUAUCCGAGUG